AGCCGGGCUCCUAGUGCGCAUGCGCAGUUCUUUCCCAUGAUGGCGCGGAAGCGAGGCUUUCCCGAGUUCCCCCUGUUUCUCCUCUUCAUGUUCGUAGCUGGUCUGCAUUUGCUUGCGUGUCCUUUCACCAAAGUCGAAGAGAGCUUUAAUUUACAAGCUGUUCACGAUAUCCUUUAUCACAGACUUGACUUUGAGAAGUAUGAUCAUCAUGAAUUCCCUGGAGUGGUGCCCCGCACGUUUCUUGGUCCGUUGUUUAUCUCUGCACUCAGCACACCCAUGGCUGGUUUACUCUCAUUCUUAGAGGCACCAAAGUUUUAUACGCAGAUUAUUGUGCGAGGAGUUUUAGGGCUGUGUGUCUGCCUGGCUCUGUGGAUCAUGCAAAAAGAAGUGAGGAGACAGUUUGGAUCACUGGUCGCAAGUCUGUUUUGCCUCAUCAGUGCUUCACAGUUCCAUCUUUUGUUUUACAGCACAAGGACACUCCCUAAUGUUUUCGCUCUUCCUGUAGUUUUGCUGGCAUUCACAUCCUGGAUGGCACAAAGGCAGGGCCGCUUCAUCUGUUUCUCUGCUUUUGUCAUCAUCGUGUUCCGCUCUGAGCUUUGCCUUCUGCUUGGACUCAUGUUGCUGAUGUCACUUCUGUCCAGGAGGCUCAGUAUUCCACAGCUGUUUUAUUAUGCUGUGCCUGCGGGGAUUUUGUCACUGGGCCUCACUGUCUGUGUUGACUCUGUGUUCUGGAAGAAACUGCUGUGGCCUGAAGGCCAGGUGCUUUGGUACAACACCAUCUUGAACAAGAGCUCCAACUGGGGAACCUCCCCCUUCCUCUGGUACUUCUACUCUGCUGUCCCUCGUGCCCUUGGCACUACUAUCUUCUUUGUCCCAUUUGGCAUAAUGGACAGGAGAAUGCGAACACUGCUGUUGCCCACAAUUGGAUUCAUCCUGUUGUACUCCCUUCUACCACACAAGGAACUCCGCUUUAUUAUCUACACAUUCCCUGUCUUCAAUAUAGUGGCAGCUCGAGGCUGUUCCUUCAUUUUAAACAAUUACCAGAAGUCAUGGAUGUAUAAAAUUGGAUCUCUUUUUGUAAUGGGACAUUUGGUGGCAAAUGGCGUGUACUCAAGCAUUUCAUUAUAUGUAUCUCAUCACAACUACCCAGGUGGCAAAGCCAUGCAAGAACUACACGUAUUAGUGCCAGCCACUUCAGAUGUGUCCCUACACAUAGAUGUACUUGCUGCACAGACAGGAGUGUCACGCUUCUUGGAACUCAAUAGUAAAUGGAGAUAUGACAAAAGAGAAGAUCUGGCACCUGGGGAUCCACUCCUGAAGACAUAUUCACAUAUACUUAUGGAGGCAAACUCAACUCAGAUAUCACUACUUAGUGACUCUUAUAAACCUCUUAUCUUCAUACAGGGGUACGAGCGCAUGGAAAUAAACGUAUCCCACAUUCCACCACUCAGCAUUAAGCUAAACAAUAAACUGGUUGUACUAGAGAGAUUGCCACAUUCACAAUAUAGAUGAUGGAGUGCUAACAGACUGCCAGUCUUGUUCCUAUCAAAUAUGUUGUAAAAUACAAUCAAGUGACCAAUAAAUUUUUUUAAUAAUGGCCA